GAAUGACCAUGGACAAAAGUGAGCUGGUACAGAAAGCCAAACUUGCUGAGCAAGCUGAGCGCUACGAUGAUAUGGCUGCAGCUAUGAAGGCUGUAACAGAACAGGGACAUGAACUCUCCAAUGAAGAGAGAAAUCUACUCUCUGUUGCCUACAAGAAUGUGGUAGGUGCCCGCCGUUCUUCCUGGCGUGUUAUCUCCAGCAUCGAACAGAAAACAGAGAGGAAUGAGAAGAAGCAACAGAUGGGCAAAGAGUACCGUGAGAAGAUAGAGGCUGAGCUGCAGGACAUCUGCAAUGACGUACUGGAGCUGUUGGACAAAUAUCUCAUUCCCAAUGCUACACAGCCAGAAAGCAAGGUGUUCUACUUGAAAAUGAAAGGAGACUAUUUUAGGUAUCUUUCUGAGGUUGCAUCUGGAGACAAUAAACAAACCACUGUGUCAAACUCCCAGCAGGCUUACCAAGAAGCCUUUGAAAUUAGUAAGAAAGAAAUGCAGCCUACACACCCAAUUCGACUUGGCCUGGCGCUGAAUUUCUCAGUCUUCUACUAUGAGAUUCUAAACUCUCCUGAAAAGGCCUGCAGCCUGGCCAAAACGGCAUUUGAUGAAGCAAUUGCUGAACUGGAUACGCUCAAUGAAGAGUCUUACAAAGACAGCACCCUGAUCAUGCAGCUACUCAGGGAUAAUCUCACUUUGUGGACGUCAGAAAACCAGGGAGAUGAAGGAGAUGCUGGAGAGGGAGAGAACUAAUGUCUGUCGUGCUUUGUGAUCUGUUUGCUGUCACUCCGUAUCCUCCACAUUAUAUCCCUUUGUGCGAUAAACAAAAACAAAAAUCGAAUGUUGACUUUCGAUUUUUCACAGCCUAAGUCUAGCAAAAAUGGUCCCUGGGAUAAACAGCUGGUAUUUGUAUCUGAAACUCAGACUGGUCCCUUAAAUGCCACGGCAUUUCUGAAGUCUUGAUUUUGAUCAGCAUUGACAGGAUUGCUGUGUGUUUAAUUUUUACAAACUGAACACUGUGAUUAUGGGGUUUUGUAACUUAGCAAAGCUCUUACUGAUAGAAAAAAUAGACCUGAAUUAUGUAUAACUUUUUAGAAAGUUUAAUCUGAUAUCAAAAUAGUCACUGAAAGUACAAUUCUGUUGUAAAGUUGUACAGAAAGUUGUAGAGAGUCCGUUGUGAUGUCAGGACUUAGGGUGAGAUGCUCGCCAUUGGCACCCUGAGUUUGGUAACUCAUGGUAACUUUGCCUGUGGUUGAGGUCUUAUUGAUCAGUAUGGGCUGUUGCCACUCAAGUUCAUGACCACAGAUAUCUGCAGUGUCUUCUCCUGAGGAAACUCAAAACCAGGAAGUGAAAUUCUUUGGCUGAUAAUUGGGCUGUGACACCACAAAAAAGGUCCCGCUCAUACCACAUGUGUGACUAAACCCUUUACUACAGCAGUGUGCUCCUGAUUAGCAACUUGUGAAAACAGAUCUGUUUCUGUUAACCCUUUACCACAGCAGUGUGCUCCUGAUUAGCUACUUGUGAAAACAGAGAUCUGUUUCUGUUACCCCCUAGCUAAAGGAGGGAGUGAGUGUGGUGUGUCUUAGGAAUGGCCAUACCAGCUUGCUGGGUAAUUCCUUUAAGGAUUAUGUUCUGAGGAGAUGGUCUCACGCCUGAGGGGCGCUCAUAGUCUUUGGUUCUUCCUAGCUUGGAGGGUGGGAACGUUGAGAUGCAACAUUCUUUCCAUCCUGUCCUUAAUGUUGACUUUGCUUUUCUCCUCUUUAAAUUUACAGCUUUCUGCUUUCUUGGGUGUUUCCUUUUGGAAGCCUUUCUUUGUUGCUAAUGUGUGGACAGGGACGUGGCAUUGAGCACAUUGGUGGGCAAAGUCUUGCUUCACAUUCAGUGUUGAGAAUGUAGGCCUGCUAGCAACGUCACCCUGUCCGCCUCUGCUCUCAGCACAGUAUCCAUGGCCUCUCCCUGUUGCAGCCAGCCCUGAUAAUGCUUGUUAGCGCCUGUGACCAGGUCUUCCCAGUGUACUCAUCCAGCUUAGUUCCCAGACAUGUCUAAACAAGACCCUGUAACCCAGGGAAGUUGCAUGGACACUACAAUAGAGAGAACCAAGAACAGCCAGGCCUAUGAGUCUCACAGUAUCACCCCUCUACCUUGACAUUCCAUGUAGCUAUAGAGUCCAUUUGUGUGUCCAUCUGCUGAAAUGAGAAAAGAACUCAUGCACUGAUUUAAAACCAAAAAAAAAAAAAAAAAAAAUUCAAAAACAACAAAAAAACAAAUAAAAAAAAAAAGCACCAAAAAAAAAAAAUCCCUUUCUAGCUGAAGAAAAAUGUGCAGUUAAUACUUGGCGCUUGACAACGCAGUAGUGAGUGUGGAACCGAGCCUGUCUGUAUAUCUGGUAGCUCUUUGCUUUGUUUUUUUUCCUUACCAGUAUUCUGCCUAAUGUUUGCUUCUGUGGUGGUUAUAUUUGCCUAGCAAGCACACCUGUGGUUGUGAAAAUAGUAUAGCAAAAAGAAAAAGAAAACCCCGGUUACUGAUGUACUAGAUUCGUGUAUGUCUUUUAAACAUUCUAGUUUUACCUUACACGGAGUAAUCAGGAAAAUGUAAAAACUCAAAAGUGAAAUAAAACAUUUUAUGAGUUA